AUGGCGCCUCUCUCAACCCCUUACACUCCUACAACACUCCGGGCGACUGUUACACCGUGCCCAUGGGUGCCAUUUAAACCUCACGAAGGGCACAUCGAGACCCCGCCCCUGCCCUACAAGCCCCGGACCGAUAAACUACUUGACGUAUACAACAUCAGCACGCAUGUCAUACCUGCAGCCAAUCCCAGAGCCACUCCAGAUGCUCCAGUCCCCGAGCCGCCUCCUCGCUCUUCGAAUAGAGAUGUCAUGAAGCUAGGACAUGAAUUCACGGAACGGCAGGUCCGGCAAGCUGAGGGCGCCUGGUUUACGAACGAAAAGUUGUUGUGGAAUUGUGUCAACCGAUAUACAAAAAAGGGCAAGGAGGCCAAUGCUAGAACGAAGGGGAUCACCUUGUUUCUUGCGCACGCAACGGGCUUUCCGAAAGAAACAUGGGAGGCCACUCUGUGUUAUUUACUAACUGCCUGUGGUUCCAUAGAUGAGAUAUGGUCAUUGGAGUCAGUGCAACAUGGGGACUCUGCUCUGCUAAACAGACAGAAUCUCAGCGGCAGCAGCUUUGACUGGACUGACAAUGCGAGAGACAUUGCAAACUUUCUCAUCAAUUACAUGCCGGAAGAUGUAGAAACAUCUACGCUACCCAUUCAACUUCCUCGCCUUCAUGCGUCGAUUGGCGAAUCACGGCAAAAGAAUGGCUUCUCUUCCCGCACCGUUGUCGCAGCAGGACACUCAUUCGGAGGUUGCUCCUUGGUUUUAGCCGCGUUAAACUUUCCGGCCUUGUUUUCGUCAAUGAUUCUCGUCGAUGCGAUAAUCGAUCUAUACCAAGGACCUGCGUGGGAGUUCAACAAGUUCGUAGUUGGGGCUACCUUGGUAAGGCGCGAACAAUGGCCGUCACGGGAGGAUGCCUUGCGUUCCUUCAAAUCUUCACCCAUGUUCUCCACUUGGCAUCCUGACGUACUUCGGCUCUAUGUCGAUCAUGGACUGUACGAGGAUGCAAGCGGAUGUGUCAGAUUGAAAACGUCUCCCGUGCAUGAGGCUCUCAUCUAUGCUAACCCACGAGCUAGCCGAGAAGCCUGGGAGUCAUUGGAAAGGCUCGAAGAGAACAUUGAGUUGCUGUGGGUUGUCCCCGGGAAACUGAGACACUUUGUGCCAACGGCAGAGCAAGCCGCGAAGGAGCGCGUGUGGCGCAGACCAGCAAAUUCAUCUAACAUUCUCGUCGAGUGUGGUCAUCUCAUUCCUCAUGAGUGUCCACGAGAGCUUGCACAAAUUAUGGCCGACUUUCUGCACAGGAAAUACGGUGUUAUCUUAAGGCAGUCAAAGCUCUGA